GCUUCGUAGGCUACCAUAUCCAACUCCGAGAGACUAAUGGCAUGAGCAUUGCUUUUUACUAUUUUGACAAGCUAUAGUCUCACUGACUGUCGGCAGAUAGAUCUUGUUGAUAGUCUGCCACAGCGCUACCCUGGAACCUACUCUACGUCGAUUUGUUUGAACUUUUAUACACAUUCAUUCACCAGGCAUAAAUCAGGCGAAGGAGAGAAGACGGAGUUGGACUAAUUAGCUGGUCUACCUGAGUCCUUAGCCAAACUGCAAAGUGACAUAAGAUUUUACUUUUUAUGUAUAUCAAACCGAAAGGGAUUUUGCUUCUGGACAUGUGAAUCAAAGGAGUUACUGCGAACCCCUGAAAAUGAAGCUACUGGCAUCGGUUCUGUGUUGCUUCGUCUUUCUCCUCACUUCUGCGCUGUUUCGGACAAGCUCUUCGCAAGCAGUAUGUGCGGGCACAGAGAACAUGCUGAGUACUCUGUCCGACCUGGAGCAGCAAUACCGUGUCUUUAGGAAGUACUAUGAGAACUGUGAGGUGGUCAUGGGUAAUCUGGAGAUCACCAGCAUUGGCCGCUCCAGAGACCUCUCCUUCCUGAGGUCUAUACGGGAGGUGACAGGUUAUGUAUUGGUGGCUCUGAACCAGUUCGACUACCUGCCCCUGGAGAACCUGAGGAUCGUCAGAGGAACCAAGAUGUAUGAAGACCGCUAUGCUCUGGCCGUCUUCCUCAACUACCGCAAAGAUGGGAACUUUGGCCUGCGCCAGCUGGGACUGAACAACCUGACAGAGAUCCUACAUGGAGGGGUUUAUGUUGACAAGAACAAGUUCCUGUGCCAUGCAGACACCAUCCACUGGCAAGACAUUGUAAAGACCCCCCGGCUGAGCCCCUUGGUGGUGCCUACCAACAGCAGUGUUACAUGUCAGAAAUGUCACGUUUCCUGCAACGGUCGCUGCUGGGGCCCAAAGGAGGACCAGUGUCAGAGCCUGACUAAGACAGUGUGUGCUGAACAGUGCGACGGUCGCUGUUUCGGGCCCUACGUUAGUGAUUGCUGCCAUCGCGAGUGUGCAGGGGGAUGCUCCGGGCCCAAGGAUACAGACUGCUUCGCCUGCACCAAUUUCAACGACAGCGGGGCAUGUGUGACCCAGUGCCCCCAGCCCUUUGUCUACAACCCAACCUCCUUCCAACUGGAAAGCAACCCCAAAGCCAAGUACACCUAUGGAGCCUUCUGCGUCAAGAAAUGCCCACAUAACUUUGUGGUGGACCACAGCUCUUGUGUGAGGGCCUGUCCCAGUAAUAAGAUGGAGGUGGAACAGAACCGGAUCAAGAUUUGUAUCGCCUGCACGGAUAUCUGUCCUAAAGCCUGUGACGGUAUUGGUACGGCCAGCCUGCAGUCAGCUCAGACCGUGGACUCCAGCAACAUAGACAAAUUCAUCAACUGUACCAAGAUAAAUGGCAACCUGGUCUUCCUCAUCACUGGCAUCAAGGGAGAUGUGUACCACAACAUUAAAGCUUUGGAUCCGGAAAAGCUGAAUGUCUUCCGGACUGUUAAGGAGAUCACAGGUUACCUAAACAUCCAGUCGUGGCCAGAGAACAUGACAGACCUUAGUGUUUUCUCCAAUCUGGCAACUAUUGGAGGUAGAGCUCUCUACAGUGGUAUAUCUCUCCUAGUGUUGAGACACCAGUGGAUCUCGUCCCUCCAGUUCCAGUCUCUGAAAGAGAUCAGUGCUGGCAACGUGUACAUCACUAACAACAGCCAGCUGUGUUACUACAACACCGUCAACUGGACCAGCCUUCUCAGGGCCAACAACCAGAAGGUUCUCAUACGAAACAACCGAGACCCCAAAGAGUGCACUACGGAGCGGUUGGUGUGUGAUCCUCUGUGUUCAGACAGCGGCUGCUGGGGACCGGGACCAGACCAGUGCCUGUUCUGUCGUUUCUUCAGUAGGGCUCGGACUUGUGUGGACACCUGCAACCUCUAUGAAGGGGAGGUACGUGAGUAUGCCAACGGCUCGGUGUGUGUGGAGUGUGAUGGCCAGUGUGAGAGAGCAGAUGAUGACUCCCUGACCUGUCACGGCCCGGGUCCUGAUCACUGUGUGAAGUGUCUCCACUUUAAAGAUGGUCCUAAUUGUGUGGAGAAGUGUCCAGACGGCCUUCAAGGGACCAACAGCUUCAUCUUCAAAUACGCUGAGGCCAACAGAGAGUGUCAGCCCUGUCACUCCAACUGUACACAGGGGUGUACUGGUCCCAGACUGCAGGACUGUAUUGGUAUGAUGGACAGGACUCCCCUGAUAGCAGCAGGAGUUAUAGGGGGCCUGUUUGUGGUGGUCAUUGUGGCUCUGAGCGUAGCUGUGUCCAUCCGCCGGACGAGCAUCAAGAAAAAGAGAGCCCUGCGACGGUUCCUUGAGACAGAGCUGGUGGAGCCCUUGACACCUAGUGGAACAGCCCCCAACCAGGCCCAGCUCCGCAUCCUCAAAGAGACUGAACUCAAGAGGGUGAAGAUCCUGGGAUCUGGUGCCUUCGGCACUGUCUACAAGGGUAUCUGGGUACCAGAGGGUGAGACGGUGAAGAUCCCAGUGGCCAUCAAGAUCCUGAAUGAGGCAACAGGGCCCAAGGCCAAUGUGGAGUUCAUGGAUGAGGCUCUGAUCAUGGCCAGCGUGGAACACCCCCACCUGGUGCGUCUCCUGGGGGUCUGUCUGAGCCCCGCCAUCCAGCUGGUCACCCAGCUCAUGCCCCACGGCUGCCUGCUCGACUACGUCCACGAGCACAAGGACAACAUCGGCUCCCAGCUGCUGCUCAACUGGUGUGUCCAGAUCGCCAAGGGUAUGAUGUACCUGGAGGAACGGAGGCUGGUCCAUAGGGACCUCGCUGCUCGCAAUGUGCUGGUCAAGUCGCCCAGCCACAUCAAGAUCACAGACUUUGGCCUGGCUCGGCUGUUGGACGUCAACGAGAAGGAGUACAACGCCGACGGGGGCAAGAUGCCCAUCAAGUGGAUGGCUUUGGAGUGUAUCCACUACAGGAGGUUCACUCAUCAGAGUGAUGUCUGGAGCUACGGGGUGACCAUUUGGGAGCUGAUGACAUUCGGAGGGAAGCCCUAUGAUGGCAUCUCUACCCGGGACAUCCCAGACCUCCUGGAGAAGGGAGAGCGUCUUCCACAGCCUCCCAUCUGCACCAUAGAUGUCUACAUGGUUAUGGUCAAAUGUUGGAUGAUUGAUGCAGACAGCAGGCCCAAGUUCAAGGAGCUGGCUGCAGAGUUCUGUAGGAUGGCCCGGGACCCCCAGAGAUACCUGGUCAUCCAGGGUGAUGAUCGCAUGAAGCUUCCAAGCCCCAAUGACAGUAAGUUUUUCCAGAACCUGCUGGAUGAGGAGGAACUAGAAGAUCUGAUGGAUGCCGAGGAGUAUCUAGUUCCUCACGCCUUUAAUAUCCCACCACUAGCAUACACACCCAGGACACGUAUCGACUCCAAUAGGAACCAGUUUGUGUACCAGGACCCUAGUUUUGGCAUGGAGGACAUGUUGGGGACCAUCCCACGGGUGCUAUCUCUGUCUGUGGCCCCGGGUUGCAGACCCCCAGGGGACCAGUCUGCGGGAGGGCAUGGCAGCAGCGGAACAGAAGAGCAACGGUCUGAGGACCAGCGCUGUAAUGGCACCCUGAGGAAGCAGGCAUCUCCGCGACCUGUGGGACCUCCAGGACCGGGUGUAACCCCAGCCUCAGUUCCAGGGGAAGACAGCAGUGGACAGCGUUAUAGUGCAGACCCCACUGUUAUGCUGGGGGACAGAGGACCCCGAGGAGACACAGACCAGGAUGGAUACAUGACCGCCUUGAGAGAGAAGGCCUCCACAGACUAUCUCAACCCUGUGGAGGAAAAUCCAUUUGUGUCACGCCGGAGGAAUGGAGAUACCCUGACCAUGGACAGCUGUAACCCAUAUCAGAUGGCACCCAGCGGGCCCCAGCAGGCCAGCUCGGGCCCCCGAGUGGAGGACGAAUAUGUAAAUGAGCCACUCUACCUCAACACCUUUCACAACCCUGGAGGCCCGUGUGCAGGAGAGGACGAGUUCAGCGAGUACACCCUGAAGAAGAAUGGAGUCCCUGGAGGACACAACGCUGCUCUCGCCACGCUUGGCAGCCAACCAGGUGCCACAGGCCUCACGGCUGGCCAGUCAGGCCCACCGCACAGCGCCCAGGUAGCCCACCUCCACGGGGUCUCUACACAACCGGGAUAUGGCGCACCCACAGGGCUCGGCGCCGCUGGCACCCACUCAGGGCACGUCCUGCAUCCAAGCCACACCACCCACCCCGGCUACACCCUCCAUCCAGGGCUCACAGGCACCAUCAUGGUGGACAAGAAGACCAGACAGGACAAGAACAAGACAUUUGACAAUCCAGAGUACUGGCAGCACAGCCUCCCUCCCAAGGCCACCCUGCACAACCCGGAGUACCUGCAGGACUGCAGCACGCGCUUCUUCUACCGGCAGAACGGGCGCAUCCGGCCCGCCCUGGCCGAGAACCAGGAGUACCUGACUGAGUUUGCCCUGAAACCCGGUGCCGUGCUGCCACCCCCACCCUACAGACAGAGGAACACCGUGGUGUAACACCCAGGAGGGACGGGUGACAUGGGGAGGAGCGACUGAUGGUGGAGGGAGGACAAGAAAGAGGAGUGGGCAAACCUUCUCUCGCUCAGUAUAUAAAUAUCAACCCUGGUUCCCUUCACCAGCCCUGGACUGACAAUUCUCUGUCUGCCUCUGUCUGUAUCUCCACCACAAUGGAUUACAUUUCAGCAAUAUCACAGUAAUAUUCAAACCGCUGAAAGCCUCCCACGAUCCACGAACCAGGACUGAUGUGCGUCUCUCUUUCUUUGUCUAUCUCUACAUCUCUCCCCAUCACUGAUUGCAAUUACCAUUACACUGACAGGCUACACUAUUCCAGUUACAGAAUAUUACAAUAAUGUACUGUAUUCCUGCAACAUCCACAUGCCGUCCUCACCUCUCACCGUCAGCCUUUCCAAACCCCUCCUCUACCACACCUGCUAUUGAUCCCAACUUCUUCAGUGCUGACCACAUGGAUCGCCCACACCUGGGAAAGCUGGCCUGUCUGUCCUCUGAUUCUGUCUUCUUCCUGACUCAGACUUCAUAUUGUUUUAGGCUCCAGUUUCACCACCAACAAUGGAAGGAUUAGCUAAAAGUGACAUGAAUCAUACAUUUUGGCCUCUGAGUACCCCCCCCCCCAACCACACCACCACAGUCCUAUGUAGCCAAGAACAAGGAAGUUGAAGCACUUACACUAAAAUGUGCCCUAUUGUCUACGCUUUAGUUAACACGAUCUGCAUAAGAACCAUACAGUAGUUCCCAGUAAAUACACUAAAUACUAUAUCAGUCAACACGUACCUUAACGUCAUCACAGCUGUUGUUGUGCCGUGUGACAGGUGAGAAAAUCAAACAUCACACAUACAUUAUGCAGUUCUGUCUCAUGACCGCCUGGCAGACAGUGACUCAGCCAGCCAGUCGGGGCUG